GAGCGCCGGGACUGCUGGGACCCCGCGCUCGGGCAGUGGGGGUCCCGGAUGAGGCGACAAGUUUUCCGGUCCCCUUCCCAGUCCCGCCCCACUUCCGGGGCCGCCACUUUCACUUUCUUUUCCGCGGAAGCCGCUCUCCUUGCGAAGGACUGGGGCCUCCCGGGAGGAGGGGGCUUUGCCUUGAAACCCGGGACGCCAGGGGCGCUCCCGCAAGUGGGGGUCCUCCGGGACUUGGAGCGCCCCCGCUGGGCGGCGUCCCGGCGUCCUUUCCCCGCUUCUCCCCACCUCGGCUGGUCUCGUUUCCUCUUGCGCCCAUUGCGGACUUGUCUGGGCAUCCCCUGCCCUCUCACCGCCCCACGCGGGGUCCCGGCCUGGUCCCCGGGCGGUGUGAUGCUUCCCGACUGCCGCGGGUACAACGAGGCACAGACAGGGCUUGGGCCGCGCCGGAGGCCACAAGGCCUGGCUGAGUUGCUCCUGGUGUCCCGCCCCUCCCAGGCGACCCGGAGGUAGCGUUUCCCGGAGCCACGGCCCCCCCCCAGGGGGAUGGGCGCAGCCACGACAGAUGGACGAGAAGACCAAGAAAGGCUGUGGGUGAGUGUGGAGGAUGCUCAGUUGCACGCCGUCACCAUCUGGCUCACAGUGCGCCCUGAUAUGACAGUGGCAUCCCUCAAGGACAUGGUUUUUCUGGACUAUGGCUUCCCACCAGUUCUGCAGCAGUGGGUGAUUGGGCAGCGGUUGGCACGAGACCAGGAGACCCUACACUCCCAUGGGGUGCGGCAGAAUGGGGACAGUGCCUACCUCUAUCUGCUGUCAGCUCGCAACACCUCCCUCAACCCUCAGGAGCUACAGCGGGAGCGGCAGCUGCGGAUGCUGGAAGAUCUGGGCUUCAAGGACCUCACGCUGCAGCCUCGGGGCCCUCUGGAGCCAGGCACCCCAAAGCCCGGGGUCCCUCAGGAACCUGGACGGGGGCAGCUGGAUGCAGUGCCCGAGCCCCCACCGGUGGGCUGGCAGUGCCCCGGGUGCACCUUCAUCAACAAGCCCACACGGCCUGGCUGUGAGAUGUGCUGCCGGGCACGCCCCGAGGCCUACCAGGUCCCUGCCUCCUACCAGCCCGAUGAGGAAGAGCGAGCACGCCUGGCUGGUGAGGAGGAGUCACUGCGUCAGUACCAGCAGCGGAAGCAGAAGCAGCAGGAGGGCAACUACCUGCAGCACGUCCAGCUGGACCAGAGGAGCCUGGUGCUGAACACCGAGCCCGCCGAGUGCCCCGUGUGCUACGCGGUGCUGGCGCCCGGCGAGGCCGUGGUGCUGCGUGAGUGUCUGCACACCUUCUGCAGGGAAUGCCUGCAGGGCACCAUCCGCAACAGCCAGGAGGCGGAGGUCUCCUGCCCCUUCAUUGACAACACCUACUCGUGCUCGGGCAAGCUGCUGGAGAGGGAGAUCAAGGCGCUCCUGACCCCCGAGGAUUACCAGCGAUUUCUAGACCUGGGCAUCUCCAUUGCUGAAAACCGCAGUGCCUUCAGCUACCAUUGCAAGACCCCAGAUUGCAAGGGAUGGUGCUUCUUUGAGGAUGACGUCAAUGAGUUCACCUGCCCUGUGUGUUUCCAUGUCAACUGCCUGCUCUGCAAGGCCAUCCACGAGCAGAUGAACUGCAAGGAGUAUCAGGAGGACCUGGCCCUGCGGGCUCAGAAUGACGUGGCUGCCCUGCAGACAACAGAGAUGCUGAAGGUGAUGCUGCAGCAGGGCGAGGCCAUGCGCUGCCCCCAGUGCCAGAUCGUGGUGCAGAAGAAGGAUGGCUGCGACUGGAUCCGCUGCACUGUCUGCCACACUGAGAUCUGCUGGGUCACCAAGGGCCCACGCUGGGGCCCCGGGGGCCCAGGAGAUACCAGCGGGGGCUGCCGCUGCAGGGUGAAUGGGAUUCCUUGCCACCCAAGCUGUCAGAACUGCCACUGAGCUAAAGAUGGUGGGGCCCCAUGCUGACCCAGCACCACACCCACAGGCUGUUAUGGUGUAGGGCUGAGCUUGGGACUUUGGCUCCAACUUCUGGCUGGGAGAUGCCUUUGUGCAGAGGCCAAGUCCCUGAGCUUCGUGGAUGGCCUUGCUUGCUGUAGUGCUAUAGGGCUCUGCCUGCACUGCUGUUGUCCAUGGUCAUAUCUGCCCCAGUGCCUUUGUCCUUCCCUUGAAGCUUGCCAGCCAGACUUCUCUCUCCUGCAGCUCCCACCUCUGCCUGACUCCAGCCAUAAACACGGCCCCUGGCCAGAGGCCUCACUGGGUGGAGCCUCUGUAUGACUCCAUGCUCCUCCCACCACAACGCUGGCUCUUCUGCCGAACAUCAGCAUUCACAGCCUCCCUGCCUUCCCCUGCUGGCUUUUUGGGGCUGACUGUUCUCUGCCUUUGCAGUUGGAGGUCUGGGGCCUCUUAGAACUCUUGCUAACGUGUUCAGAGCCAGAAAGGAGACUGGGCAGUUUGGAAAGCACAGCUCAUCAGGUCCGGCUCUGCCUCUCCCUCUCUGCAGCCUGUGUAAGCUAUUAUAAUUAAAAUGGUUUUCCAGGAA